GACAUGACUGCUGAGGUCAAGGGGUAAAACUAAUCACAUAAUGCCACUAAACAUUAUCAGCUUAAACAUUUACAAAAAUAUAAUUCUAACCAGACUUCUGAUCUCAAAAACAAAGUUUGUAUUGAAAGAUGAAAAGAAAAUGCUACAGAUUUUGGCUAAAUCCUUCCCUCAAAGAGCUCAUUUCUGAAAAUGAAUAUGCAUUAAAUAAGGUGUUACACUUACCCCUGGUUUCACAGACAAAGCUUAAGCCUAUCCCCAAACUAAAAUGCAUGUUUGAGCUGCAACUGAAAGCAACUUGUACUGCCAUAUCUUAAAAUACGUCAUUGUCAUUAUUUUGUCUCAAGACACACACAAGGCACAUUUAUAAAAGCUACUUAAAUGUCCUAAUUGAACUAAAGCCUAAUCCUGGCUCAAUGUAAGCCCUGUCUGUGAAACCAGGCCUUAGGGCAGUGACUUUGUAAGCACAAUAUGCAAUAAUGUUUUAAUGCAUGAAGACUACAUUUCCCAGAAUGCUAUAUGAUUAUCCACAGGAAGUAACAGUAACUUCAAAAAAAAAAAUCUUUGUAGAAUUGCACAAUGUCAUAUUGUCUAACCUCCUGAUAGCUCCAGAGAGAAGGGAAGAGAGACAUCACUCCAUGAUGAAGUUGCUUUGCGGUAUUACCUUGUUAUUAGCAGUUGCUGUUGCCUAUUACAUCUACAUCCCAUUGCCUAGGGCAAUUUCAGAGCCAUGGAAACUGAUGAUGGUGGAUGCCACAUUCCGAGGAGUUGUAAGUAUGGGAGAUGUUGCUCACUCACUGGGUUUGAGCCAUAGAGUCCACGUUAUCAACUCCGCCAUAAUCAAUUUUGAGAGUUUGGUGCCCGUCACAAACCAAGAGAUCCAGACUGAAGAUAUCCUGUUUGAUGGGGUCCAUGUGCGUGUAUACCAGCCUCCUGGACGGAAAGAAAAGCUGAGAAGGGCAGUUAUGUUUAUCCAUGGAGGUGGAUGGGCCUUGUGUGCUCCAAAGCUGGGGUCAUAUGACAGUCUCUGCAGACAAAUGGCAGCUAAUCUGGACGCUGUGGUUGUAACGGUGGAUUAUCGCAUGGCCCCUGAUGUGCACUUCCCAGUGCAGUAUGAGGAGUGUGUGCAGGCCGCUAAGCACUUCCUGAGGCCAGAAGUGCUGGCGCAGUAUUCGGUUGAUCCAGAGCGAGUGGCAGUGUGUGGGGACAGUGCUGGAGGGAACCUGGCCGCUGCAGUGGCUCAGCGGAUUGGAAUAGACAACAGUACUUCUGUGAAAUUCAAACUGCAGGUCUUGAUUUACCCAGUGCUCCAGGCGCUAGACUUCAAUACAGCUUCCUAUCAGCAGAACCAGAAUGUUCCCAUCCUGUAUCGCACGCUAAUGGCCCGUUUCUGGUUGGAGUACUUAGACGGCGACCUUGACCUUGUGCACUCCAUUAUAAAGAACAAACACACCGCUCAAGACCAAAGCCUGCUGUCCUUGAGUCGUUCAAAACUGAACUGGACCAAUCUUCUCCCCAAACGAGUGAUAAAACAUUAUACGCCUAUUUUCCCACUGACUGGCUCUCCUAAUAUCUUAAAGGAUUUACCGGCAUUAUUGGAUGCCAGAGCCGCUCCGCUACUGGCGGAGGACGAGGUUUUGCGUAUGGCACCACGUGCUUACAUUCUGACCGGUGAGCAUGAUGUUUUGAGGGAUGAUGGGAUGAUGUAUGCCCGCAGGCUGGAGCUGGCAGGGGUCUCUGUCACUAAUGACCAUUACGAAGAUGGUUUCCAUGGCUGUGUGACCUUUGCUUUCUGGCCCUGCUACUUCUCUGUGGGAAUAAGGGCAGUGCAGAAUUAUAUUGCUUGGCUUGACGAACAUUUGUAGUUAUUUGACUUAAAUGUUCAUUGGUACAUAUACAAGAAGACACAUACCUAUAGAGGAUUUAUAUUGUAAAUCAAGAAACUGUAUUGUCUUUCAAAUAAUGAUGACUAACACAUUUGUGUUUUUAAAACUAAUGUGCUAAGAACCGAAUGACAAAGGAAUUUCUCUUUAGUAUAUAUACUAACAUCAUUAAUAUAAACAAGUAUGUGCACACAUUUCAUUGCCAACAGUAGCAGUAUUUGUAAGAUUCUUAUCAAUUCAAAUUAUGCUUACAUUUUUGUCUUUAUCACCACCUACUGCACUCACAAAUCAGAAGUCAUAUAUCGCCAUGCAUUUCAUAACAUUUCUGCUAGACUUGCACUCCAAAGACCUGCAGUUAAUUUGAUCAUAUUUCAACUGUGAAACACUGUGAAUAAAGUAAUAAAUGCCUAGUUGCAUUCAAAAUUGUAUAGUUAUUCAAGAAAACAUAACAUUGUGGGGUUUCAAAUAUCUUCACAUUCUUGAAUAACGACUAGUAAAAACUGUAUAUAUAUGUUGUAGUUCUAUACCUUUUGGAUAAUUGUGCUAAUCAAGGUCCUUCUACCUCCUACAUUUAUAUUAUUCAAAUAUCAACAUGAAAAUAUGUUGGGUAUAAGGAUAAUUUCAUAAUUUAAAUAUUAAACUGGAAUGCUAUUAAUAUAUAGUAACAAUGUUGCCCUCUAGCGGCUGAGAUGGCGACGUACCGUUGCCAAAGUCUGAGUAAAAUUAAAGCUAGGCUUACUAAAGGUCCUAAACAAAAUAAAAAAUCAUUUGUGUUGCAUUAGAAAAAACACACAUUUAACACAUGACACGACACACUGUUUUGAAAAACCAGAAAUAAAAAACUAUAAUUUA